AUGAACAGCCCUAGCCCUUCCAAGGAUUCCACCACCACCAACACUACACCACCACCCUCUUCCCCUCCUCAACACCCUCCUCUUACCGGUGAUGGUGAUGAUGUUGUUGUUCCUACUCCAACAGAAGUAACCAACCCAACCGGCUCUGAGGAGGGAAAAGCGGAGGAGGCCGCCGGAGAAAUGUUGCUGAAAACCGCUGCUCAAGUGCUGGAGGAACUUGCUGGCAGUGAUGACAGCGGCAAUGGCAACGGCGGUGGUGGUAGCGGUAGCAUCCCUCUUGGAAGUGGUGGAGGGGGGGCAGAGGCCGGUGCUGUGGCCGUGGCAGUGGGUGGUAGUGGUGGUGGAACUGUGAAAAGUGAUAAGAGAAAGGGUGAUGGUGGUGCUGUUGAAGUUGUGGUGAAGGAGAAGGAGACUAAAAAACCUAGACUCACUGAAGUGAAAGACCCUCCCUCAGGGCCACCAACUUGUCCCAUUUGCCAAAGACAGUUUCAGACAUGGAAGGGCGCAUUUGGACACAUGCGUUCUCACCCAGAUCGUGAAUACCGCGGUUUCUUUAGGCCUCCUGUUUUUGGUUCAUCUUCUGCCCCAGCCACAGAUGCGCCACCACCAUCGAAUGCUGAAAAUGAUAACAAUAAGGGGGCUGAUGUUGGAGAGGCAAGUAAAGGUGAUGGUGAGAAGAAGGGUGAGGAGCCUAAACGAGGAAUGGUGUUUGAUUUGAACAAUCCAAUGAUGGAGGGAGAGGGUUCCUCUAGUGCUGCUGCUGCUGCCCCCGCCGGUGGAAACCAAGCACCUGAUGAGGCUAUGGUUGAAGAGAGGGUUCAAGAGGAGGGGAGGAACUUGAGAGGGUUUGAUUUGAAUGAGAUGCCCAAGGAUGAUGAUGAUGAAUGA